UAUAUGCGGAUACAGGGUACAGCUAUAAAUCGUCGAUUGUCGUAAUUCUUUACACUUACUUCGCGUACACCCUGUGCAUACAAUAAUCAAUUCGUGGAUUAUACUUAUACCUGUUGCGACGAGUUCUGGUUUAUAUGCAAAAGUAUACAAAAACGCGGGUUAAUAUUUCGUGACUAGUAUGUUUGUCGAGUCGAAUUGCUUUUAACAAGUACUUGAUCUCCGACCAAAGUGAUUCAUAAACACCGAAAUUGAUAUCGAGACAUGGAAAAGAAUUUAGAAAAAACACUAGACGAUGUAAAAAACACAGAUGGCAUUAUUGGUUGCAUUCUGGCGGAUCAUGCAGGACUAUGUUUAGGAGUAAAAGGAAACGCAUCCACCGAUAGCGCAGGAAUAAUUGCAGCUAUUGCAGAUCAAGUUGCAAAGUUGGAGCCGAAAUCAUCAACUCCUGUCAUAUCGCUUCAGAACGAUAACAGGAUGUGCCUUAUACAACGCCAAGGUCCUGUAGUAGGUGCAAUUUAUAAGGAUGUCUCUGUGUAAAAUAAUGUCUGUUACUGAAACUAAUAAUACUGGUUAUAUUUAAGCUAAGUUCCAUUAUGUUUAGAGUUAUCUUGUUAAUUAUAUACAUGUAUGUAUAAAUAUAUAUACACACACACGUGCGCGCGCGCGCGCGUGUGUGUAUGUAAACUCUGAAUAAAUAAUUUUUAUGUAACUUCGUUGAGAUAAGGGAACUUGCAUUUGGUUGAUUUGAACUAUAACAGUAUAG